AUGGCUACUAUCAGCGAUUGUUAUAUCCAAUGCUCUAAGUCAUUCAGCCGUCUGAUCCAGAGCCUUGGUACAUCGACUCGUGAUGCUAAUGACCGAAUACCUCUCAAAGGUAUCGCCAAUGAAUACUCACGUUUCGAUGUAUGGGCCGGAAGUGUCGGGGCAAAGCAUACCCCCAACAAGCGAAUCUCACUUGACUAUCGCCUCAGAGAUUCUAGCUUUUAUGCUGCCCGAGUUGUAGAUAUAUUGCAGCGCCUUGAUAGUACUCUUAAAACUGCCGAAGAUCUCAUAAUUGGCAAACGGUCAUUGGUCGAAGCAGCUCAGCCCAAGUUCGACCGACAACGAGACAAUGACUCAGACGGAUCGUCUGUAUCUUCGUCAGCCGAAAGCUCUAGCUCUGACGAAGCGGAUAUGCUGACUCCUGAGCGUCAAGUUGCUGCAUUAUAUCAGUCGAUCACAAAUUCAGUCAGCCAUCUGUACUCGCUUGCAAUGGUCAUCAGACAGCCAGUAGCAACAGACAGAUUAUCCAGAGCGUCCAAGAUCACAGUCGAUCAUUUCGUUUCGUUUGAUCAACGCCAUGUCGACGAAUGCUUUCCUGACGCUUCCCUGGUGCUGAAGAAGCGGCUUGCUAAGGCAAUUACUCGUCGCCGCCAGCUGCUCAUAUAUAACGAGCAACACUACCGGAAAUCCUCAGAGCCUCAACCGUUAGAUGAAAGAACAGCCGCAGGUCAUAUCACUCAGGAUGAGCCCGGGGAAAAAGCUGAACAGGAAAUGCCACCCCCUCCGGUUGCCUCACACUCAAUAAGGAAUCUGGUCAGAGACACCCCAAGCUAUGCCCCUACCAUCUCCAAAGGAAGCCUACUGGCGAGUACCGAAGCGACCAAAUUCAUUCCUCCAGUCGAUAUGAGAGAGGAACCAGAUAUUCAGUCAGAAUCUGGGACUAUUACGACGUUUGGAUUCACUGGUAAGGACGGUGUAGGGAUCCGAGUACCUCCUCGCCCCCAGGAUGACAAUGGAGAAGCGCUCGAACAGUUCCUGUGUCCCCUCUGCUAUCAUCUAAUUGAAGUGAAAGGCGAGAGAGCAUGGACGAGGCACGUGUUCCGCGAUCUUGAAGCAUAUGUGUGCACUUUCGAUAACUGCGAAACACCUGAUAUCUUGUUCGAAACCCGCCAGGAUUGGCUCAGACACGAGCUCGAGAAUCAUCGAAGAGAAUGGCACUGUAACGACCCGAAACACAAACCACACAACAGUGAGCCGGAGUUCAUGGAACAUAUGAAAUCCCUCCAUGAGCUACAACUUCCAGGUCCCCAGCUCCUGUCUCUUGCCAAGUUGUGUGAGCGAUCUAGCUCGCUUGAGGUGGUACCUUGCCCUUUGUGCCGAGAUGGAUACCAUGAUGUUGUAAAUGGAUUCGAGUGCUAUAAGCCAUCGUGGGUCAUUCGACAAGUUGCUGAUCAUAGUUGUCCAGAAUCGCUUGACAGUGAGAAGUCAGAUAUAACCAAGCUCCCCGCAAGAGACUUCAACAAGAUCACAGACAACAUCCCGACAAGUGUGACUCGGUGGCUAACUUCGCUACCCAACGACUUUGCAACGGAUGACAAUCCGACCACAGAUUCUAUCGAAAAGCCGUACCAAGAUCAUCCUACCAUAAGACAAAGGGGACCUUGUUUCAUCCUUUUUAAUGAUUUGAAGCGCCACAUCGGUCAGCACAUGGAGCGACUAGCCUUGUUUGCACUCAAUAGAUCCAAGUUGAUGCCCGAUGAUGGAAUGUCAGUUCAUACGGAGGAUGCAGUGGCGAGAUCCGAGACAAGCUUCGAGUCAUUGAAGUCUGCCAACAGUAUAGAAGGCUAUGGACAUCGGGAUCAUGGAAAAGAUGCAGCAGAUGUCGCAUCAAACAUGAAUCUCACACCUGUUGACUUGGCGAGAUACGAGGCUCGGUACCACUGGUACCUCUACGACAUACUGAACCAUGGUCAUGUGGAACUUGAAGAAACCCAACGACUUAUUAGAGAGACGCUCACCGAGAGCAUGUUCGAAGACCCAGGGCCGAUAGGUCACGAGUCUAUCAGCAAGCCACAUCUCUUCUCACCAGAAGGCAGCCUGAAAGAUAUCGUCACGAUGGAGCCAGUACUUUCGGCCAUUUUCAACGCAGGAGAGGCACCAAAUCGUAUUGAACCCGAGACUUUCAAAUACACAGUCAUUUACACGGUAGCGCUUGGCAAGAAGCUAUUUUCCAUCUUAGUUAUGAGCGGUCUGGAAGGGGAGAGACUAUGGCAUGCCAUGCACUUUUUCAACAAAAACAACAUCUGCGAUAAAGACUUGCCACUGGAGGAAUCGGAUCUCAGAGACUUGUCAAAGUAUCUGUACGAACUUGACAGUCAACACGAUACUGGAGCAUCAGGCAUUGAUGAUCUUCGGGGAAAGAAGCCAAGAAACCUAUGGAGUUCGGAAAUUAUCGACAACUUUUGUAACCACCAUCAAUGGAAGUUCUGCGCGCCUGUCUUUUCUACUGGAGGGAACCCUGAAGUGAGGCACGAAAAUGAAAAGUGUAUUUUCCCUUUCACAGAAAAGUGCACCAAGACGGACGGAGUCUCCUAUGGACAGGCAAUCAAAUACAAGAUUCACCGGCGCCAUCUUAUAUCAAAUGACAUGGUGAGUCAGGAACCUGACCCAGAAUCCUUGUGUUUUUCAUAG